ACAUACCUAUACACAGCAGCCUGUCUAUCAGCUACCCGGAAGUAAAUUGGUGUUGUCAGCUCUACAUACACUGCCUCUUCCUGUGCAUGACGGUGGGCUGCACGCUUUAGUCAGCGAAAUGUGUCGACGUGUUUUUCUGGAGUUGAUUCCACUACUUAUUCUGCUGGAUACAGCCCGGAUACGUCCUUGUGAGUCAGCUCCGGUUCUUGCCACCAACAGACGUGUUCCUGUGGAGGGUGUCAGUUUCAGCAUCACCUGUACACUAGAUGCAGCUAUCAUUGGAACUACUCGCUUCUACAAGGGUGCUACCCAGGGAGGCUGCUCAUCAUCAGGCAGGUGUGGGACAUCUGUGUCAGGAUACAAUGUGAGUCUGGACAGUACAUCCAGGAUCCUGACUCUAGACAUCGCAUCAGCAGAUUCCACCAGAGACAGCGGGACAUGGACAUGUAGUGAUGGUGCUACAUCAUCUAACAACAUAACACUGUCACAGUUUGCAGCUGUACUGGACUGGAGCUCUGUCACCUUCUCUCCACAACUGACUUCUCUCCCGUCCUCCGUGACACCACAGAACACCAUCUCCGUCACUGUGACCACUCCGUGUGCUGCCCCUGCCGCCGUCAUCACAUGGCGAUACCAACAGGGUGUGAGUGGCGUCCCUCCCAGCAGUAUAUCUUCCACCCAGGGAUCAUGUCCAUCAGGUCAGGUCCAGACAACCAACACUCUGUCUCUACCAGGGAACACAGUCAGUCUCUACAACAGGCAGGUGUCUCUCACUGUCAGUGUGGAACAUGACUCCUUUGAUCCCCCGACGUAUACCAAGUCUGUCACUUCAACCACCAUACAGUUCCCUGUCCCAGUUACCUCUGUGACACUGACAAACAUCAGUUCUGAUAAUGAGAAGAUAGGACUAGUGACAGGUCAAUCCCUGACCUUGACCUGCGUGACCUCAGCCAGUUUCCCCACUUCUACUGUGACCUGGGAGUCCUUGCCAUCAGGGACGUCACCUACAGUCAGCACAGAAACGACAUCUGGUGUCAUGGUGAAGACAACAAGCUCCGUCACAUUCACUGUCAGUAGGAGUGACCAGGGCAGGAGCUUUCGUUGUCAGGCUGAAAACAUCAACGGUCAGACAUCCCCGCAGUCUAACAGAGUCACACUGGAGGUUUGGUAUCCACCCGACAAACCCAACACAACCAACCCUGGUACUCUGUGUCAAGGAAAGUCUACAUCACUGACCUGCUCUUCGUCCCCUGACCACGGCAACCCUCCGGUCACCUUCUACUGGACAAAGAACAGCAUAGCAGUCCACACAGGCAGCUCCUACACUUUCUCUCCAGUGAAGGCCGACAACGGAGCUGACAUCAGAUGUGCUGCUGGUAACACCUACACCGACAGAGCAGGGUCCCCACGUCCACAGUCAGAUGCCAGGCAGCUCAGUGUAUAUUAUGUGGGAGCACCAUCAAUAACUCCGGCUGCCACACAGACCAGGAAGGAAGGAGAGAGCCUGUCUCUCACAUGCUCAGUUGAUGGUAAUCCUGACAAUGCUGCCAUCUCCUGGACAUUCAAUGGUUCCCCCAUACCAGGAAGUAGUGUGAUGAAAGCUGACCUGAACAGAUCGGAUGACGGGGAGUACAGCUGUACUGGGAGGGUCAACACAGGCAGUGUGUGUCCUGGUGGUAGUCUCCAGGGGAGGUCAACUGUCAAGGUCAUUGUCAACUAUCCUGCAAGUAUAAGUAUGAUGACUGGCAACUCCCGCAGUGGGUCAGUGGCAGUCAAUGAGUCUGAUCCAGUGAUCUUCGGAUGUGAGUUGGAUAAUGCUGGCAAUCCAAGGUCAGUCAUCAGGUUACUGAAUGGAUCUGAGGAGUUGACAAGGGCAGAUAACUCCCUGACAGCAACAUAUAGACUUGAGUCUGCAGACUGUAGACAAAGAGGGAACUACACCUGUACCGCCCCCAACAACGUCGGGGCACCUGUUACUCAGAGGGUGGAGCUGCUCGUCAAAUGUUCCCCACGUGUUGAUGGGACAGUUUUUCUCCCACUCAAGUACGCAACAAGACUGGAUGGUGACGUGACUGUUUCUGUGGCAAUCCUGGCCUACCCCCUUCCUUCAUUCACCUGGAGUAGAUCCAUCAGCACCAGCCAGGACCUCACUGGUUCCUCCAGCCCUGUCUCAGACAUCUCAGUCACUGCCAGACUACACCUUACUAACCUCCAGGAACAGGACUUCGGGGACUACAGUCUUACAGUGGACAAUGGAGUUGGCGAGUCAGUGACAUACACAGUCAACAUAGUGCCUUCAGGACCACCAAACACACCUACACAGUUUCGAGAUCUGCUUAAUGCAACUUCGUCGUCGGUAUGGCUGUCGUAGCUGCCUGGGUUCAAUGGUGGAAAACCUCAGACGUUUCUGAUUGAGUAUCGUCGGUUUGCUACAAGAACUUGGACUGUUUAUAAAUCUUAUGAUGACAGAGGCGAGACGAUGGUUGUAGAAGUGACCGCUCUUACACCAGGAGAGAUUUAUUCAUUUCGACUACAAGCUAGAAAUGACUAUGGGGAUUCUGACAGAUAUGUCUUUGUAGAAACUACGACUGCAGGAGGUAGGAAUCACUCUAAAUAUAUCAUGGGAAACUCGUUAGCUGCAAAUGAU